AUGUCAGAUUCAGAAAUAGAAGAGCGUAUAAAUCCCAACAUUCUAAUAACCGGUACUCCAGGAACCGGAAAAACAACAUUAAGUAGACUGGUGGCUGAAUCAACAGAUUUAGCAUAUAUUAAUGUAGGUGACUUGGUUAAAGAAAGAGGGUUACAUCAAGGCUUUGAUCAAGAGUUUCAAAGUUAUAUACUUGAUGAUGAUAAGGUUGUAGAUGAACUUGAAGAUGCAUUGUCAAAAGGGGGAAAUAUUGUAGAUUUUCACUCCUGUGAGGUAUUUCCGGAACGUUGGUUUGAUUUAGUAUUAGUCCUAAGAACUGAUAAUACUCUACUUUAUGAUCGAUUGGAAAACCGAGGUUACUCUCAAAAAAAAAUUACUGAAAACAUUGAUUGUGAAAUAUUCCAAGUAAUAUUAGAGGAAGCAAAAGAAUCAUAUCCACUGGAAAUUGUUGUUGAGUUACCAAGUAAUUCAUGGCAGGACAUGGAAAGUAAUGCAUCAAGAAUCAGAGAGUGGGUGAAAAAUUGGAAGGAAAGAAAGAAUGGACGAUAA